AUGAGAAGGCAGCAGGCACCGAGAAAUUCUACUCGUAGCAGUCAACCUGCAGCAGUUGCAUUCUGCCGUCGUCCCGUUGAUCUGUUGCCUCUCCCUAUGGCUCGCGCUAUACCGAAGGAAGCAUCCGGCAAGGCCCCGUCGACCGGGGAAAAGUCGUCGUCGGGCCCGCAACGCAAACCACAACGCGUAUUGGGUGUAGAAGCCUUUGCCCAGUCCUCCAAAAAGGGUGUGGUCAAGGCUCUCCACUCAUUCCGUGCGCGCCACGAAAAAAAGCGUCGGCACGUAGCCCAGAAACUCCGGCAGUACAGCAAGGUUAUGAAACAGGAAGGCUACGUACCGGGACAAGGAGCGAGUCGAAAACGUAGUACCGAACACGUGAAUGGCGAUAGCAAAGCGCCGAAUUCUACUAACGGAAACGAGGGUUACUCAACAGAGGCGAAGAACGAUAAAGAUUUAAAUCAGUCCACCAACGAAGCCAGCAACAGCGCCAUAGCAACUGAGUUACCUACGCCGCAUCGCAGCGCCAAGAAAAGCAAGUCAAAUCCGUUCCAAAAGUCAUUGCAAAAGGCCGAACAGCGCAAGGAAGAAAUGGAUCAAAAGCAGAAGGAGAGAGAGGAAGGUGAGCGUCGUCGCCGAAAAAAGUUGCGGGAGCGGCGUCAGCGUACACAACAACUCUCCCAACGCACCCGUAAGGGACAACCAGUAAUGCAAAACGUCGUACACGACAUUUUGCAGAAGCUGGCCAAGCAAGAAAAGCCGCAACAACCAAUCUCCGCCAAACAAGCCGAAGAGAAACGAAAAGGUUGAGAAUGCACGUUAGGGAAAUCACCGACUCUCUUUCAGCUAGGACCAGACACUCAUAGUCAACAGCUUCGGGAAAAAUAGUUACUUGCUGUUGACCGUUUCUGAGAAGUCUAUUGUUUACAAAGACGAGUGACCUGGGCCGAAUGAAACAUCAUGAUGGGAAGUCUCCAGGCUCCAGGCUCUAUAUCCAAGUCUCUUUGAAACUGGCAUUCAUCACUAGCGAUAGUCCAUCUUUAGUUUCGAUGAAGGAGCGCUUCAAUUUCCCGGUGAAAGUGGGAUUUCAUGAAACCCCAAAUAACGGUCCGAAAUAGCUUAUGCAUUUCAUAGGCAGUAGGUACACUUAAGGAAGCUGAUCUUGGAACG